AUGGUGCCCCGUCCCCCCCGGCCGGAGGCCUUCCUCACCCCCCGGCCGUCAUCAUCAACCUCCAUCUCGCUCUCCUCGCGGCUCGUCGACCUCGUAGCCCCCUUCCUCACACCCGCUGGCGCCGGCCCCGGCGUCACCACCACCGACUCCGACUCACACCCCUCCGACUCCUCCACCACCACCACCGGCACCUUCCCCGGCACCGACGACGUCCCCGCCGCCCUCGCCCUCACCGCCGCCAUAUUCGCCUUCCUGCUCGUCCUGCUCCUCUUCCUCAGCCUCCGCCGCCCCCGGCGCGCUUCUUCCCUCUUCGCGCCCUUCAUCUUCUUGCCCUGGACACGCAGCAACACCACCACCAACAGCAGCACCAGCAGAAACGGCACCGGCGAUGGAGCAGCAGCAGCAGGAGGAAGCAACCCCAACCGUCUAAGCCGCCACGAAAUGACAUCCCGCCCGCAAUCGCUCUACGACCCCACGGGGUUCAACGUCAUGGCGCAGGCGCAGGCAGGUCGAGGAGGAGGCGGAGGCGGUGGUAGCGGCAGCAGCCCGCGCUCGAGCAUGUACAUCCCCUACCUGAUCCUGGGAAUCGCCGAGCACGCCGCACAGCAGCCCCUCCUGGAGCGCUACAGGGACGAGCCCGACGUGGAGGGCGACGGUCCGCCGCUUGAGCUCGAUGAGGCGACGUGGGAGAGGUCUGACGGGAAAGAUGGGCGGCCAGACGUCCUGCACUGGCAUGGGACCAACAUGUUAAACACGGCUUGGGGUUGGAUGGCUUGA